ACAACAGGAAAGCACCGCCAUUUUGCGAGUAGGGGAGGCAAGAGGAAUUUUUCUCAGGUGAUGACAUACUUAACCUGGCAAGGAUGAUUGCAGUUCGUUCGGUGGUUGUGUGCUUGGCAUAUUUGGCUGGGACCGUCUCCUCUCAAUAUGUUUGCCCAAUGGAAUGGGAGUCUUUUGAACAGAGUUGCUAUAAGUUCGUUGUCUACCCUGAGCGAAAUUUCAAUGAAGCAACAUCAGACUGUGUGCGCUCUCACUCCGCUUUAGUUAGUGUGAAUUCCUUCUCAGAACAUAACUUUAUUGAACAGAAGAUUUCACAGAUGAGCCUUCUCAGGGCCAACUGGUAUACCAGUGGUGUUUUGCAGCCAGGUGAUAAGUUUCGCUGGGGUGGAGAUGGUUCAGAUGUUGACAUGACACCUGGGAACAAUUUCUGGAUUGACGAUGAAGCACCUCUAGAUAAGCUUUCUGGCCGAUACAUUAUCUAUACGUAUGAAAAUGGACGUUAUGGCUGGAAGCGGAGUGAUCCAACACUGAAGAUGGGAUAUAUCUGUGAAACCCCAUUGGCUGAGGUUUAUAAAACGCUGCAAGAUGAACGCGGCAUAGACUACGGUUUGGAUUUUGUUCCACACUUGGCUGACAUAGAAAGAGGUCCUUCUUUUCUCUUGGAUGCCCAGGACACUGUUAUUGUUGGUAGGCCAAAGAGAGCUUACAUUGAAUGUGUUGCUACUGGUAAACCUGCACCAACUUAUACCUGGAGGAAUGGAACUAUUGGUAGCACUGUAAUCAGUGGCAAAGGAAUGGAGCUGACAUCUGCUGUAAAUCAACGCUACACACAGACAAAUGGGAGGCUCACCUUUGAAAAGCCCUCUAGUCAGACAGAGGCAGCAUACUACCAAUGCCGAGCAAGCAACAAGUUUGGGACAAUUAUAAGUCCUCCUGUGCAAGUCUCCUUUGGAAAACUUGGAGAAUUCCCAAACGUAGGUGUCUCUGCUGUAUUAGCCUAUGCUUACAAUGGUGCACAGCUUGAAUGUCCGAGCAUCACGGCUGAACCAGCAAAACGAUACCAAUGGGCAAAGGAAAGACCCACUGCAUUCGUGCGGCCAGAGUAUCUCCAUUAUAUAUUCAUUUCCAGCAAUGGCAAGCUGUAUUUCUCAGAAGUAACAGAGCCAGAUCAUGGAUAUUACUACUGUGUGGUAACACUGACCAGACCAGCCUCUUCUGAAGCCUACAUUGGUUCUUCUCAGACUCCUAGUGCGACUGCCAUCAAAAUCCAACUCAAUGUCGCUGAUCCAGUUGGUGGUCAAAAUAAGCCUGAAAUUUUGGAUGAGUUCAUCAGCGUCUUUCCAACAAACCCGAAGAGAGGGGACACCAUUAGGCUAGAGUGCUUUGCGUAUGGAACUUUGCCACUGCAGUACAGUUGGCUGCGUCUGGGUAGGAAGUCGAUGCCAGUGAAGUCUCGAUUACGGGACCACAACCGAGUGCUAGAGAUUGAAGACGUUUCUGAAGACGAUGCAGGGCAGUACCAAUGCAAUGUUUUCAGUUCAAAAACAAGGCAAUCAGACAGCAAACAGUUUACUCUCAGCAUCCAGUCCAAACCGUAUUUCCGUGAGCCACUUAAGGACCAGCUUGUUGACAAAGGAUCACAGUUGACGUGGCGCUGCUAUGCUGCAGCUACUCCCCCAGAAACCUAUGUAUGGUUCAAAAAUGGACAGCCCCUCGCGGGAGUACCAGGAGAAAUUGAAAUCCAAAAAAACACUCUGGUGAUCAGAAAUCUGCAGAAAGAAAAGCAUGAUGGAAUGUAUCAGUGUGCAGCCAAGAAUGAGUAUGGAAUCGCUUUCAGCAGUGCUCAGCUCCGAGUCUUAGAAUUUGCUCCAACUUUCCGUAAACAAGCAGAUCCUGGGACAAAUUACGCCACACUUGGUGGAAAUGCAACAUUGGAGUGCAAUCCAGAAGCUGCACCAUUUCCCACAUUCAAGUGGUUCAAGGAUGGAGGAGACCUUGGUCUAAAUCUAGGGGACACAACAUCCCGUGUGAGGAUGAUACCUGGCGGGGAUCUGAUGAUCACCAAUAUCCAGUACUCUGACUCUGGGCAGUAUAAAUGUGAAGCUACCAACACACUUGGAUCAGAUUCAAUCAAUAGCAUGCUCGUCAUUCUUCAGUCAACUACAAUAAACAGACCACCAUUUUCCGAUGAUGUGCUUGUGAAUGAAACAUCCUUCCUGACAUGCCAAGCCUCAUAUAGCCCUGGCCUGGAUAUGAUCUAUAUUUGGAAGUUUAAUGGUGUGCCCAUUGAUGUAGACAAAAACCCAUUCUACAGCUGGGGCACUGGAGUAAAUCAGGGUGGAUUGUACAUCAGGAAUGCUCAAUUUGAACAUGAAGGGAGGUACACCUGUGUGGCUAGAACACAGACAGAUGAGGUCACUGCCUCCGCUUAUGUCACUGUGAAAGGGCCACCUGGACAGCCAGCAGGAGUAUUUGGGGUGACUACAAGCAUUACCUCUACGAGCAUCCAACUCAAAUGGACCCCAGGAGAUGAUCAUGGUGACCCAGUCAGUACCUAUGUCGUGGAAGCCGCAACAGUCUUUGAAAAUUACACUGUCUGGAGAGUUGUCAAAGAUAAUAUUUACGACAGUAAUGCUAACGACAACUCGGACACAGGUUCUACUCGAAAAACAACAGUAUUGACCACUUUAACACCAGGGACACCUUACAAAUUUAGGGUGCGGGCUCGUAACACUUUUGGAUUGGGAGUACAUAGCCAGCCUUCAGUUAUAUACCCAACACUGGGAGACAAGCCAACAAAGAUUGUGGAGGAGGUUGGAGGGGGAGGUGGGAAAGUGGGUGACCUUACUAUUACAUGGAAGCCCUUGGAUCCUGUGGAUCAUCACGGAGAAAAGAUAGGCUAUGCAGUUUACUGGAGGAGGAAGGGUUUGAGGGUCACCGAUGUGGAUUGGGAAAAGGGUGUGGUCUAUGGGAAUGCCAGUCGCUAUGUGCAUACAGUUGGGCAAGCAUACUUCUACACCGAGUAUGAGGUAAAGGUUCAAGCACUGAACAUACAUGGAGCAGGACCCAAUUCUUCCAUCCAGAUCAUCUAUUCAGCCGAGGACUUACCUGUUGCAACACCUGGGACUCCUUAUGGAGAAGGCUUUAAUGCCACCUGUCUGAGGAUCUACUGGAAUCCAGUCAGUGACAAUAGACAACAGGUUAAGGGAAAACUACUUGGCUACAAGAUCAAUUAUUGGAAGUUGGAUGUUCAGAAGGAACUUGAAGCAACGCAGGCUAUUCUUCAUGGGCAAAGAGACCGUGGGCUUAUUAUAGGCCUGGAACAUGACACCUUCUAUGAGUUCAAUAUACAGGCUUACAAUUCUGCCGGAAAUGGACCAAAGAGUGAAACUUUUCGACAGACAACUUUCCAUCUCCCACCUAUGCACUACCCUACUGAGGUGAGCAUCCACUCUGUGUCAGAAGACACUGUGGAGGUGAAGUGGAGAGGGGUGAGCACAAACCAUGGAGAAGAACCACUACAGGGGUACAAGAUAAGAUAUUGGGUGUUUGGCACUGACAUCAGGAAUGCCAGUGAUGUUGACACAGGGAGAACACCAAAGGGACGGAUAAUUGGUCUGCAGAAGAACACUUUGUACAACUUGAGAGUUCUAGCUUACAGCCGAGGUGGUGAUGGAAAAAUGAGCAUGCCUCCACUCUACUUCUCCAUGGAAAACAGCCAGAUCCGGUAUGAUCCCAGUCAAACAGAGUUACUAGCCACCAGUUCCCAGUUGCUCCCGUCUUUCUUUAUAACAUCUGUCAGCCUUUUGCUCAUUGCGUUCUAUCUCCAUUGACCAGAUUCAAAAUUCAUUUUUGCCCCUAGAAACAUUUUAAUUAUACCUUAAAACAUUUUUGAUUCAAACGUUUUAAUUGUGCGUAUUAACCCGGGUGUAAGUCUUGAGAUCAUAAACACCUGGGUCCAACCCAAGACGGUCAACCAGUGAAUAAUACAUUUGUUGAAAAACGUGCAUUUACUAAGACUGUGAGCACAGGUGUUGUACCGAAAGUACUGGUAUGGCUAUCAAGUGGCCUGUAUCAUCUGAUGCACCAUGGUGACCAGUUAUGACUACUUGAGUUCAAAAACAGAUAGAUUGACAAAUAGGGAGACAACUGAAUGCAAGAGUGACACAAAAUUAGAACAUGCUCAUCCAUGGUGAGUAGUUGUUGGUAAUCACCAGUCUGCAUAGAUCAACUAAAAACCCAGUUGGAUGAUCUGAGAUUCUUCCAGAUUUCUCAAACUUCAGUUGCUCAGAGUAGCAAGGUCAUUUCACACCUGGUUUUACAUGUAUCAUUGCAUAUUUUAAUCCACAUCUCCAAUCUGAACUUCAUGGUUGAAUACCUCUUUUGUUUGACUAAAUCAGGAUGUAGUAGAUGGAUUUUUAAAACAUGAUUGUAAAUAGUCGCCACUUACAAACAUUCCUUAGCAGCUGUUAUUGAUAUAUGUACAUUUGUAAUUGUAAAAUAAGAUGGGUAAAUUUCUGGAAAAUGUUUAUAUGUGUUGAAUAGUUCAUUUUCACAGACUUUGUUUCAAAGUUUUAAUCUCCAGUGCGGUGCAGGUGUACAUAUCAGGGUACGUGCCAUUGUUCUGAACUAAAAUCUCUGAGGUGCUGUUUGCUGUGGAUUACUGGACACUCAUGGAUACCAUAUAUUUCUUUCUAGUACUGUUGGUUGAAUUAUUAGUUGCGUGCAAAUAGAGAUUACUUUUAGGCAGAAAAUUUUGAACGCAAGCUUGAGAUUCUUUCACCACUUUCAGAGUAUUUUUAUACUAAGAUGUGACUCAUAGAUUAGCAUGAUAUCCUGUAACUUUCUUUGUCUACCCACAUUUGGUGCCAUGUAAACUACAUUUACUACAAGAAUCUCGGUAGUUCUUCUCUGCAAGUUUAAGGUGAUAUAAAUUCCUUCAUGCGUUCCAACAAAAUAUAUUGGUGCAUAUUAAGCAGUUUAUUUUACAUCACCGUGCUGUAUAAUUGUCAAGAUCUCAUGGCAGCUCCAUGCAUCUCUGUUUUUCAUAUUUUCUUUCCUUCCUAUUUGGGUAAAGUUUUGUUAUUCUAAAUCUAGGCUAUACAAGUAUAUAUUUAAUACUUUAGCCUACAUGUAUGUAUACCUGUUGCUUAUAUUUAUACACUCCACAAAUCUAUGAUAAAUAUUUUAAAUGUGUUAAGCCUAUGCCCUUUACGUACAUGAUAGAAUUUUUGUUUUUUUAUCGAAUAGACCUCUUGUAUCUUAUACUAUUACAUGUACAAGGCAGAACUGUUUAUGCCAAUUUUGGUCACAUUCCCACUCAAUAAGUUAUACUAGGCUUUAUUUAGACAUGAACUUUGAACAAAAUCUAUCUACUCAUUUUAUUUCGAGAUUUCUUUCCAUCUAUGUAACUUUUUUGUUAUGAGAAUUUGUUAAUGUUUACGCAAACUUUUCUGUGGUAACUAUUGUAGUGAGAGGUAUCCAUAUUAACCUACAUGUAUUACAUAAAGUAUGCCCAUUUACUCAUAUACAUGUGUUUAUUGAGAGAAACUGCAAUUUUUCAUAGAAAACACUCCAAUAGUAUAAGUUCUGGCAUUCCCACUGUGAGAUUGCAAAUGUAAAUACAAUUUACUUAGUUAAAUUUUUUAUAUAUAAAUACAUGUAUGUAUUUUUUACUGAACAUUUUCAUAAAAUAAAGAUUUGAUAUUUGUA